AUGGUAAAAUCGAAUGAGAAGUAUGAAUUUACAAAAAAGCUUCUUAUGAGUUCUCAGACUCUAAAGGUUUUGGACUGCCACGAUGUGUCGGAGCAUCCGUCGUACGAAAUAGAGUUGAAAACAGAUUCUAAGUCGUGGAAGGUUACUGCUAUCCGUCUAGAGGAGAAGAAACGCUUUGUUUCCAUGUUUUGUCGUGCAGUGGCUAUUUAUCAACCUCAAGUUUAUCGGGAAAUUAUGCUGAAAAAUCUUCCUGAGGGAAUUGAAUUUUCUACAAGCACACCAGAAUCACUUGAAAUUUCAAUCAAUGAAUUUUGGGGUGAUCCAUCGUUCGUAUCUGAUAUUUCUGACGACUCUGCUGUUGGCCAAAAGAAGGGGGAUGGUUAUAACACCCUUACUGAUCGCGAGGAAUCCGAUUUGAAGAAAUUUUUUGAUGACACAUCUUCCGAAGACAUAUUUGAUGCUGAUUCUUUGAUGCAAAACCUUCAGAAAUACCUAUUUGAUGCGGAAGGCAGUAAUGUUCAUUUUAUUGUGGAAUCGGAGCAAAAAGUGGUAUCCUUAAUUAGCGCCUUGGAUAUGGCAUUAGAAGAAUUGGAUACUAUGGAAGCGAAGUUGGAUGUUUACCAUCAAUACAUUGCUGAUGUGGAAGAGUCCAUGUCAGGUCUUCAGGAUCGUGACCAACUGGCACAAAUCACUGGUGAUAAUCGUCGUCUCCUGCUAGAUACUCUUGAGCACAUUGUGGCGAGUCUUUCAGUAAACGCAGGUGUCCUGCGUACUUUGGAGGAGGAAGCGGACUUUCUGGAUAUUGAACGUUACAAAGAGGCGGCAUCUUGUCUGGAUGCUCUUUUCACAGCUGAACGAAUUCCUGGUAAGUUCAUUAUGUUUUAA